AUGCAGAAUAAAAUCAUUGCGCGAGCUUAACCGGGGGCCUAUUAACAGUUGGUAUUGCUUUGCAAUAAUCACAUUUACCCAUGGCAUAUCAAAGAUGAACACGCGGAAGCAGAUGUCGAAUGCUGCGUUGUCCUCAUCCGAAACACAUCAGAGGCCUCAAAUCAGGAUCACCGUACCCAGUACGAUCUUCACCCCCAAGCAUCUUGGCGCACACAAGCUCCGCUCCGCUUUAUAGGUAUGCGAUGCUUCAAGUCGCAUCGCCUGGACGGUCGACUUCACCGAACUCUCCGAUCUGUGCCACGUUUUCUCAACGACGAAGAGAAAGACUGGGCGCUCAGGCGAAUGAGGCUCGAUGACCACGGCACAACAAGCGUAAACGUCGACGAAGAGAAGUCCGACUGGUACUGGGCCAGGAUGGCAUUCAAGGCUUCGCAAACGUAAUUAAAC